GUGGUUUCCGCUGCUUUUUCUGCGCGACAUUUCUGUCUGUCUGAGGUGGGCUGUUGUGAAGUCUAGGUGAGGCCUGCGCACGGCAGCCAUGACGGAGGCUGAUGUGAACCCGAAGGCCUAUCCCCUCACAGAUGCCCACCUUACCAAGAAGCUGCUGGACCUUGUUCAGCAGUCGUGUAACUACAAGCAGCUUCAGAAAGGAGCCAAUGAAGCCACCAAAACCCUCAACAGAGGCAUCUCUGAGUUCAUUGUGAUGGCAGAAGACGCUGAGCCCUUGGAGAUCAUCCUGCACCUCCCUCUGCUGUGCGAAGACAAGAAUGUCACCUAUGUAUUUGUGCGCUCCAAGCAGGCUUUAGGACGGGCCUGUGGAGUCUCCAGGCUGUUCAUCACCUGUUCUGUAACCAUCAAAGAAGGCUCUCAACUAAAGCAGCAGAUCCAGUCCAUUCAGCAGUCUAUUGAAUGGCUCCUGGUGUAG